UGCUAUUCACGGCGUGUCAGUGUACGCAUUCUUGCACCGACGACGACCGCCAGCGCACCGAUGGCAACCGCCACCGCUCUGACGAGGGACAACAGUGUGCCCCAGGUCGCCGUGCCAUCGCCACUUCCCCCUCCCGAUGCAGAGGAUCUUGACGCGGUGGCGGUCGAAAUUUCACCCCCCGACGCACCUCCCCCUCUCGAGACGCCGUCGGACAGUAGCGGUCACCUCGACCUCGGGGCCAACUAUGGCUCGCUGCGCGUGUUUCUCCGGCUCGUCCAAGUGUCGGCGCCGAUGCGACUGCAGCUGCUCAAUGACGCCGCCAAAGAUCUCGCGUCGACGCACGACCUUGGCUACUAUCACGGCAACGUGUCGUGCGCGGCUAUUGGCGUCUUCGAUGCCGUCGGUGGUGGUUACAAGGCUAGCCUGAGUGGCCACCGCGACGUCCCGAUCGAGGACGAGUUGAGUCUCGCGGAUGCGCAGGCGGCCGACGUGUGCGCGUUCGGCGGCUGCCUCAUCGAGGCGUACCGUGGCGUGGUUGAAGCGGCGAUGGACGACGACCGCCGCCCCGACACGAUGCCUGUGGAUCUCUGGACGCUUGCGCGUGAGCUGCGUCAAUCCGGAUCCGAGCAGCGAUCGAUGACCGCCGUCGUCGGUGCACUUACCACAUUGGAUCAGCAGACGCAAGCGUCAACUGCCGUGCGACUCGACGAUGCCGCGGCCAAAUCGAAGAACGUCGAUGGGACGGUACAGACCAAACAUCGCGGCGUCAAGGGCUGGGGUGUUCUCAUGGGAUUAUUGCUGGUGGUGCUCGUCACUACCGCCCUCUGCGUCGUUCUGAUCCCGUCAUGGGGAAAUGCGACGGCCGACGCCGGAACGGGGAACUCGACAUCCACACCAACACCGACACCGACGUCGACACCGACGCCGUCGCCGUCGUCAAUGCCACUCGCCAACCGGUCGUACAACGUCUCGACUUUUGCCGGCAACAGCCUUAUCACGUCCUUUGUGUACCCCCCGUUCGGCAUUGCUGGCAACGGUACGCACCUGUACGUCGCCGACACACCCACAACCAUCAUGCGCAUCAAUACGAACACGAGCAGCUGGACGACGUUCGCCGGCGGCUUCAGCAGCGGGUUUACCGACGGCGCCGGCUCCAGCGCCACCUUUAACGGUAUCCAAGGGCUCGCACAUACCACGCGAUCCGGGUCUGCUGGUAUCUUGUACGUGGCCGAUUCCGACAACAACGCCGUGCGCGCAGUCGACGCCAACGGUGUCGUUACGACGGUCGCCGGCACCGGUGUCAUGGGCGAUGCCGACGGGAGCGCCAGCACGGCCACGUUCUACAUGCCGAAGAGCAUCGCCGUCGCCAACUCUACGAUCCUCGUCGCCGAUACGUACAACUACAAGCUGCGCUCGAUCAACGGCAGCGUCGUCUCGACGUUCUCGGGCUCGGGCGUCUCGGGCCAAGCGUCGGGGCCCUUGCCGACGUAUGCAUUUCCGUAUGCGCUGGCGAUGGCGCCAUCGGGCGUUGUGUACGCCACGGAUGGCAAUAUGGUGCGCAAGAUCGCCCUCGACGGCAGCGUCACCAACAUUGGCAGUAGCACGGCGGGCCACUCGGAUGGCAGCGGUGCCAGCGCCGCCUUUGACACCCCGACGGGCGUCGCGGUCGAUGUGGACGGUACGGUCUAUGUCGUCGACACUGGCAACCACUGCAUCCGCGCGAUCGAUGCCAAUGAUAACGUCAUCACGAUCGCCGGCAUUCCCGGCUCCAACGGCAUGCAAGACGGUGCAGGCAGUGCUGCCAUGUUCAGCGGUCCCCAGUUCAUUUACAUCGACCCCGAUGGUGUGCUCUACGUCACGGACUCGAUGAACUUUAGCAUUCGUCGGCUCGUGUACACCUAACCCUCUUUAUAAUGGUUUCUAAAA